UCCACAUAUUAUUUUGUCUUUUCUUUUAGGUGAUGCUGAAUCAAACCUUAGUCACUGAAUUUCUCCUUCUGGGAGUGACAGAUAUCCAAGAACUGUGGCCUUUUCUCUUUGUUGUUUUCCUUGCAAUUUAUUUUGCCAAUGUGGCUGGGAAUGGAGCCAUCCUGAUGAUUGUCACCUCCGAUCCAAGACUCCAUUCACCUAUGUAUUUCUUCCUGGGCAAUCUAUCGUGUCUAGAUAUCUGCUACUCCACGGUAACACUGCCAAAGAUGCUAGAGAACUUCCUCUCUACACACAAAGCAAUUUCUUUUUUGGGAUGCAUAAGUCAACUUCAUUUCUUCCAUUUCCUGGGCAGCACAGAAUCCAUGUUGUUGGCUGUGAUGGCCUUUGACCGCUUUGUGGCUAUCUGCAAACCACUUCAUUAUGCUGUUAUCAUGAAUCAUCAGCUCUGUACCCAGAUGGCUAUCACUAUCUGGACCACUGGUUUUUUCCAUGCCCUGCUGCACUCCAUAAUGACCUCUCGCUUGAACUUCUGUGGUUCCCACCAUAUCCAUCACUUCUUCUGUGAUGUUAAGCCAUUGCUGGCGUUGGCCUGUGGGAACAUUGAGCUUAACCAGUGGCUGCUCAAUACUGUCACAGGAAUGAUUGCUAUGGGCUCAUUCUUUCUAACACUUCUCUCCUAUUUCUACAUCAUCACUCAUCUCUUCUGCAAAACCCAUUCUUGCAGCAUGCUUCACAAAGCGCUGUCCACUUGUGCCUCCCACUUCAUGGUAGUUAUUCUUUUCUUUGCUCCUGUUGUCUUUACCUAUGUUCAUCCUGCUUCAGGCAGCUCCAUGGACCAGGACUGGGUCAUUGCCAUCAUGUACAGUGUUGUCACUCCUCUAAUAAACCCACUGAUCUAUACUUUGAGGAACAAGGACGUGAAGCGGGCCUUGAGUAGGGUGAUCAGAAGGAGGGUCUGACUUGGAGAAAUCUAGAGAACUCUUCCGAGGCAUAAAUAAGCAGG